AUAAGAAGAAGAUCUAAAGCUUUGACUCUUCCGGCUGAUGAAGACAUCUUCAGGUUUGCUUCUGGCCACAUUUGCAAAAUGCAGAAUCUGACUGAACUUUCAGGCAAUGUAACAUCCAACAACAGCCUGUCUGUGAUCAUUAAGGUGUGUGUUGUUAUCCCUUUUUUCUGUGUCUUCCUCUGCUGCAUCGCUGUCAUGCUGCACAUCUUUGCGUCUCACAGGCAGUUCAUGGACACUUCACGGUACAUCCUGUUUGCCUACAUGCUGAUCAAUGACACCCUGCAGCUCUUGUCCUCUGUUCUGCUCUUCCUCUUUGUCAUGGGAGGGGUGAAAUUUGCUCUUGUCUACUGCAUUCCCUUGUUGAUCAUUUCUACUGCCACCUUCCAGAACUCACCGUUAAUCCUGGCCACCAUGUCACUCGAGCGUUAUGUUGCCAUCUUUUACCCCCUACAGCGCCCAGUCGCCUGGCGCUCAGACCGAAUCUGGAUCAUUAUUCUGUCCCUGUGGCUCAUAAGCUGCAUCUUCCCGAUCAUUGACCAUGCUCUCAUGGAGCAUGAUCCAGCAGUGGACAUCCUCUCCACCCCUGUGCUUUGCAAAGCUACACUUGUCAACUCAUCUCAAAUUCAGACAUUGUUCAAAGCUGCUACAAGUAUUCUCUUUUUCGCAGUAGUGGCUGUUAUCAUCCUUUUUACGUACGUGAGAAUCCUGCUGGAAACCAGGAAGCUCAGACAAGACACAGCGUCUGUGAGUAAAGCCAUGCACACUGUGCUGCUGCAUGGCUUCCAGCUGCUGCUGUGCAUGUUGGCCUUCACCAGCCCCAUCACUGAGACUCUCAUAGUGCUGCACUCCAACUGGAGACCAGAAGACAUUUCCUAUUUUAAUUACUUCUGUUUCAUUCUAAUUCCACGCUUUCUCAGCCCGCUCAUCUACGGCUUUAGAGACCAGAGUCUCAGGAGCUACAUCGAGAAAACGUUUCUCUGCUGCUCGAACAAAGUAAAACCCUGUGUCAGAGGCAAACUGCAGAACAACUCGUCUGUUUUUUAA